AUGCAACCAAAAUAUGAGAAAAUAUUUAUAACUGUUGGAACAACACGCUUUGAUCUAUUAUGUAGUUAUGUUUUAUCACCACCGGUACUUCACGCUUUAAAAAAAAUAGGAUGUAAAGAGAUAACAUUGCAAAUAGGGAAUAGUGAUGUGAAUCCGGGCGAUUAUGAAAAAGAAGGUGUAAAAAUGCACCUUUAUAGAUUCAAAGAUUCAAUAAAGCAAGAUAUGUGUAAUGCAGAUUUGAUCAUAAGUCACGCAGGCGCUGGUAGUUGUUUGGAAGCAUUGGACGCCAAUAAACCUCUUUUAGUGGUAAUUAAUGAAGAUCUUAUGGAUAAUCAUCAGUUAGAACUAGCUGAUCAAUUGCAAGUAGAUGGAAAUUUGUAUUACUGUACUUGCGAUACAUUAAUCAGCACACUGGAAACUGUAGAUUUUAGCUGGUUAUCACCAAUGUCAAAGCCAACACCACAAGCCUUUGUCAACUUUUUAGAUAGUGUUUUUGUUGUUAAAGAGCACACACAA